GCUGGCCCCAGCGCCGGCCUCUCGGAUGCGGGCCAGGCAGACGGCGGUGGCGGCCAUGUUUGUGGCGCGCAGCAUCGCGGCGGACCACAAGGACCUCAUCCACGGGCGCCAGAUGGCCACCUGCUCCAUCGACCAGAGCGUCAAGGUCUGGGAUAAAAGUGAAAGCGGAGAUUGGCAUUGUACUGCUAGUUGGAAGACACACAGUGGAUCUGUAUGGCACGUGCUGUGGGCUCAUCCUGAGUUUGGACAAGUUUUGGCUUCCUGUUCUUUUGACCGAACAGCAGCUGUCUGGGAAGAAAUAGUCGGAGAAUCAAAUGACAAACUCCGAGGACAGAGUCACUGGGUGAAGAGGACAACUCUAGUGGACAGCAGAACAUCUGUUACUGAUGUGAAAUUUGCUCCCAAACACAUGGGUCUGAUGUUAGCAACCUGUUCAGCAGACGGCAUAGUAAGAAUAUAUGAGGCCCCAGAUGUUAUGAAUCUCAGCCAGUGGUCUCUACAGCAUGAAAUCUCCUAUAAGCUGAGCUGUAGCUGUAUUUCUUGGAACCCUUCCAGCUCUCGCGCUCACUCGCCCAUGAUCGCUGUGGGAAGUGACGACAGCAGCCCCAAUGCAAUGGCCAAGGUGCAGAUAUUUGAAUACAAUGAAAACACCAGGAAAUAUGCAAAAACGGAAACCCUUAUGACCGUCACAGAUCCUGUUCACGAUAUUGCGUUUGCCCCGAAUUUGGGAAGAUCUUUCCAUAUCCUGGCAAUAGCAACCAAAGAUGUAAGAAUUUUCACACUAAAACCUGUAAAGAAAGAACUUACUUCUUCUGGUGGUCCCACAAAAUUUGAAAUCCACAUCGUGGCUCAGUUUGAUAAUCAUAAUUCUCAGGUCUGGAGGGUGAGUUGGGACAUAACAGGAACAGUACUCGCAUCCUCAGGAGAUGACGGCUGUGUGAGGUUGUGGAAAGCCAAUUACAUGGACAACUGGAAGUGUACUGGUAUUUUGAAAGGUAAUGGGAGCCCAGUAAAUGGGAGUUCUCAGCUGGGAAGCUCAAAUCCUUCACUAAGCUCAAAUAUUCCAAAUCUUCAAAACUCAUUAAAUGGAUCUUCUGCUGGCAGAAAGCACAGCUGAGCACAACUAGCUGGAGUAACUUUGCUGUUGGCUGUUUGUUGCAUGCACACAGGAGUGGAGACCGAGCUCCUUUUCCCCUUCCCCAGCGCCGUUUGAUCUCUCCCAAGAUGCACCAGCAGCCUGCUCACUUCUAAACACAGUCCAAAAGGCCUUUAAAAUGACAGCGUAUAUAAGUUUUUGUACUAGUCAGUUUGCUAACACUAUAAAUGGAAAGGCUUUCUGUUGAGACAUCAUCACCAAAACAAUUUUUUGAAAUGUUCUGAAGACUAACUUGGGUUUAAAAACUGAAAAGAUUGCUACUAUCCUCAUAAAACUGUUGGGAGGAGGGAAAAUAUAAUUUUAUUCCAUUUGGAGACUAUAGGGAUAUGUCUUUUAUUUUCUACAACAAUAAGCUAAAAUGAUGAGUUUUUAUAAUUUUAAUUUGAAAAUCAAAUAAA